CCUCCCUGUCCUCCCUCCACUCACGGCCUAAUCUGACUGGGACGGGGGGGAGGGAUGAGGGAGGGCACCGGGCUUUCACCACCAUCUCUCCUUCUUUCCUGGCAGCAGCCAACACAGUUGGAGAGUGAAGGCAUGCAGGACACGAGCAACAAAACAACUCUUUCCCUUGUGAUGCUGCUGAACCGGGGCCCAUGCUGAGGGCCUCGGCUACAAGGAGCCCAGUGGGACUAGAUUCACUGCUAAUCCAUCAGAAGCAGCGUGGAAGGACGACCUGCUGGACUCUGUGGACUCCCUUCCCUAACAGGCCUUUCUGAGGUUCUGUUCUGGCCUCGUCGAGGAUGUGAGGAUCUUUGUGGGCUCUCUGAGGAAAAGCUGUUUGUGCUCCGAGUUCAUGGCCAAAUGUAGAGUUGUGGUGGGCGAGGACAAGCUGUUCAGAGGCACAAUGUCUGUCUCACAGGGGAUGAGCCGCACCAGCRUCUACAGCUACUUCCUUAACAUGGUGGCCUAUCAGAUAUGUUGCUGCUGUGGACCGGCCCCCUGCUCGCUCUGCUGUGCCUUCUGCCCCCCGGUCAAAUCGUCCACCAGCACACGGGUCAUGUACACCCUCUUCCACAUCAUGAGCUGUGCCGUCUCCUGCCUCAUGCUGUCCCGCACCGUCUCUGAGCUCGUCAGGGAAAAUGUGCCUUUCUUCAACAUGGUGUGUGAUCAGGCCCAUGGCGGGGGCCACUGUGAGAUGCUGGUGGGCUACUCGGCAGUCUACAGAGUCUGCUUUGGCACUUCCUGUUUCUACUUGAUGAUGGCAAUUUUCCUCAUCGACGUCAAAUCCAGUCAGGACUUCAGAGCGCUCAUACACAAUGGCUUCUGGUUUUUAAAGUUGAUCACCCUGCUGGGGAUGUGCACUGCUGCCUUCUUCAUCCCGACUGAGUCCUUCCUGCAUGCUUGGCAUUAUGUUGGUGUGGUGGGAGGAUUCGCCUUCAUCCUCAUCCAACUCAUCCUCAUCACAGCUUUUGCACACACUUGGAACAAGAACUGGUUGACCGGAGCAGCAGAAAACAAACGCUGGUACCUGGCAGUGACGUGCGCCACCCUCUUCUUCUACACCAUCGCUACCAUGGCCUUCACCUUCAUGUACAAAUACUACACCCACCCCAUCGCCUGCCACUUCAACAAGGUCCUGCUGUGGAUCAACCUGGGGCUCUGCGGCCUCAUGUCCUUCAUCGCUGUCACGCCGUGCGUCAAGCAGAAGCAGCCUCGGUCUGGGCUCCUYCAGGCCUCCAUCAUCAGCUGUUAUGUCAUGUACCUGACUUUCUCUGCUCUGUCCAGCCGUCCUCCAGAGAAAGUGGUGUAUCAGGGCAUGAACAUGACAGUUUGUUAYCCAAACGUGGGACAAGAUGAGAUCCAGAAUGAAGGCAAUGCUGUCGCCAUCAUUGGAGCUGCCAUCAUGUACUGCUGUGUGCUCUUUGCAUGUAACGAAGCCUCCUACUUGGCAGAGGUGUUUGGCCCAUUUUGGAUGAUCAAAGUUUAUCGCUAUGAGUUCCAGAAAGCAACUUGCUGGUUCUGCUGUCCUGAGGAAGAAGCAGCUGAAGAGGAGUUUGUGAUCGAUGACGACGACAAAGGCUGUCAGAAGGUCAUUCACAAUGAGAACCAGAGAGUGGCGUACAGCUACUUCUUCUUUCAUUUUGUCUUCUUCUUGGCCUCGUUGUACGUCAUGAUGACCCUCACUAACUGGUUCAGCUACGAGUCAGCAGUGUUGGAGACCACCUUCACCCACGGCUGCUGGUCUACCUUCUGGGUGAAGAUGUCGUCCUGCUGGGCCUGUGUGAUCCUCUACCUCUGGCUGCUGCUCGGCCCGCUGUGCAGCUGCCAGAAUGAAUCCAGACCGCGGCGCUCCCGCAUCAAACGUCGCCCGGCAUCCUGUCGCCAUGUCAGCGUCAGUGUUUGACACAAAGAGUGGGCAGCCGGGCCAAYUGGUAAGCAGGUAUGACUGUGACAAGAAGACGGAUGACUCUGAGCUCCCCRUGCUGCUCUGGAUGAGGACCUUUUUGUGAAUGGAGGUCAUUGGAGUCAGGGGUCAAAGACUCAAAGGUGUGAGAAGUGGACUGAGGGGACUCAGCGCCUGGUACCCACUGACUUGUGAAUUGGUUCUGGUGUCAAACACUCUAAACUACACCAAUAUCAAGAACAUUAGAACGAGUUGCCAAAGGAACACAAAGGAGUGGACUGUCUCAUGUGGGAAUGGCAGUAAGGAGCUGAAAGAAUUAAUACAUUUCAGGUUUUCACUGUUUAAAUUUUAUUGUAUUUUCUAUUUCAUCUAAGUAUUUGGACAUUUAAUGCUGUGCACAGUUUCUAGUGCUUAACUGCGAUGUUUGCUGCAGAUGAAUAAACUUUAAAAAAUUAGA